GGACUCCUUAGCGACCAUUACAGAAACGAAGCAGUUCGGGUGCGUCGGAAGACCACGUUGUCGUAAAGAGAGUUUAGAUAUCAUUAGAUUGCAAGAAAUACUAGCUAAAAUGUUUAAAAAUACGUUCCAGUCAGGUUUUCUGUCGAUAUUAUACAGUAUCGGAAGUAAGCCUCUACAAAUAUGGGAGAAAAAGGUCAGAAAUGGUCAUAUAAAAAGAAUCACCGACAAUGAUAUCCAGUCUUUGGUUUUAGAAAUUGUUGGAACAAAUGUCAGCACGGUCUACAUCACUUGCCCAGCAGACCCAAAGAAAACACUUGGAAUAAAGCUACCAUUCCUUGUCAUGAUCAUUAAAAACUUGAAAAAGUACUUUACUUUUGAAGUCACUGUACUGGAUGACAAGAAUGUCAAAAGACGAUUCAGAGCUUCUAAUUACCAGUCAUCCACACGAGUCAAACCUUUCAUCUGCACAAUGCCAAUGCGAUUAGAUGAUGGAUGGAAUCAGAUUCAAUUUAAUCUGUCAGAUUUCACAAGACGUGCAUAUGGAACAAAUUAUAUUGAGACACUUCGAGUUCAGAUCCAUGCAAACUGCCGAAUUCGACGUGUCUACUUCUCAGAUCGACUCUACUCAGAGGAUGAACUUCCUGCUGAAUUCAAACUUUACUUACCAAUUCAAAACAAAGGAAAAGGUGUUGAAGCUACCAAAUAGUGCUUUUGAUGACAAAGAAUGCGAUCUUGAUAGGAAGUUGAUGUGGUAAACUGUCAAUUAAUUGUAAAUAGGCUGGAUCUUUUAUGAUACUUUUGUCAAUUAAAUUACAUGUUGUUGUUGAAUUGUAACUGUUGUAGUGCCUUCAUAAAAUCUAAAUGACAUAUGUUUAGUAAAAGUUACCACUCUUUAAUGUUUAUGAAUAUCUUGUACAUAUCAUAAUGUGUCCUUUUUGUUUUAAAAAUCUUAGAGAGCAUA